AGACCUCAUUUCCUGUUGGGAAGAAGGAGAAGAUCCGGUGAUGCAGGAACCCAAAGAAGAGGAGGAGACCUCAGCAGGAUACAUCUGGGGGGUGAAAGCUGACAGAGAAGUAUCUGAAGUAUCACUGGAAAAAGCUGAGGAGCAGAUGCAGGAGCAGAAACUGAGGAGUCAAGAUGGAGCAAAGAGACAAGAGGAAAGACAAACUCACACAGGGGACAAACCUUAUAAAUGUUUGGAGUGUGGAAAGACCUUUACUCGGAGUGACUACCUUACUUCGCAUCAAAGAACACACACAGGAGACAAACCUUAUAAAUGUUUGGAGUGUGGAAAGAGCUUCAAGUGGAGUAGCCACCUUACUUCGCAUCACAAAAUUCAUACAGGGAACAAACCUUAUCAAUGCUUUGAGUGUGGAAAAAGCUUCAGUUGGAGUAGCAACCUUACUUCGCAUCAAAGAACUCACACAGGGGACAAACCUUAUAAAUGCUUGAAGUGUGGAAAGUGCUUCAGUCGGAAUGACAAACUUAGUAUACAUGAAAGAACUCACACAGGGGACAAACCUUAUAAAUGCUUGGAGUGUGGAAAGAGCUUCAGUCAGAGUGACCAACUUAGUAUACAUGAAAGAACUCACACAGGGGACGAACCUUUUCAAUGCUUUGAGUGUGGAAAGAGCUUUAGUCAGAGUAGCAACCUUACUUCGCAUCACAAAACUCAUACAGGGAACAAACCUUAUAAAUGCUUGGACUGUGGAAAGAGCUUCAGGUUGAGUAGCCACCUUACUUCGCAUCACAGAACUCACACAGGGGACAAACCUUAUCAAUGCUUUGAGUGUGGAAAAAGCUUCAGUUGUAGUAGCCACCUUACUUCGCAUCACAGAACUCACACAGGAGACAAACCUUAUAAAUGUUUGGAGUGUAGAAAGACCUUUACUCGGAGUGACUACCUUACUUCGCAUCACAGAACUCACACAGGGGACAAACCUUAUAAAUGCUUGGCGUGUGGAAAGAGCUUCAGGUGGAGUAGCCACCUUACUUCGCAUCACAAAACUCAUACAGGGAACAAACCUUAUCAAUGCUUGGAGUGUGGAAAGUGUUUCAGUCGGAGUGACACCCUUAGUAAACAUGAAAGAACUCACAGGAGACAAACCUUAUAAAUGCUUGGAGUGUGGAAAGAGCUUUAGUUCUCUAAAUCCCUAACCAAUCCCUACGUCUCGACAGGCUCCUAUGAAAUUGGUCUCACAGUUGGACCUCAACUGCUUGGUUGGGCCUCAUAUGGCAAGGAACCUAUGGAGGGCAUUUAUGAAACUCGAAGUGUCCAUGGACUCGAUCACUUCGAUGUGAAUGCUGAAGCAGGUAAAGGCUUUACUACCUGGGGCUGCCUUUGAAGACAGUUUAGAAACUGCAGGUUGUGCAAAAUGCAACGCCCUGAUUGGUAACAGGGACGAGAUGGUUCAAACGUAUAAAACCAAUUCUGGCCCGCUUGCAUUGGCUGCCUGUAUGUUUCCGAGCUCAAUUCAAGGUGCUGGAUUUGACCUAUUAUACAGCCACAAGAGUGUGUGUAUAGUAUAGCCAGCGGGGAUUUUUCACAUUCCGCAAUGUUAAAUUGAAAAUACCCCCCAAGCCAUUCUUUUUUUUUUUACA